AUGCUUCAAGCCACUCCAUUGUCAACAAUGCGAGAGAUCGAAUCUCUAACAGAGCCUCGCUCAUCUCUCGUGACUUUUUGCGAGCAUUGUGGCAAACCUCAAGGCGCACAAAUCGUUGAGUCCGGCCCACAGCGGCCAAUGUUGCAUCAACGUGCCAAGGCGGCCGGUAAGGCGAUUGGGAAACUGGUCGUGAACUGGGCGACGGCCGAGUCACUCGGAGCGCCUACAGAUGGAAUGCGCAAUGCGCGGAGGGAAUCAAUGUCUUGCUUCCAGUGCGGCCAGUACUUCACGCACAAUUGGGCUAUCUUUUAUCGAGUAGAAGGGGAGUUCGACCCCGACGAGAUAGGCAAUGCGUGUGAUCCGAUUGCGAGAGGAGCUGGCGGUAAUCGCGCGACGACGUUAAGGACAACGCGCGACUUUCCAAAUUUGAACUUGGAUUGAAGAACAUAGUAGACAAAUAUGGAAAAGAUUGGAAUUUAGUCACCCGGCCCGAUGAACGAACGCGGUUUGAAGAAUGAACA